CACAACAAAACACAUAAACUUCGAAGUUACCUGCAAAUUAUUCCAUCAUGUCAGCCAUGUCUUCCCUUCUCCUUUUCCUUCUAUGCCUCACUGUUUACCCAUGCAAUGCUCGCCGACUCGGUAUCAUAGAGAAGAAAUCCAGCAGACAAGUCCACCUUCAUGGUCAGGAUUUGGAGAAGGCUAUAGUUGAAACCUUAGUUCCAGUGAAGGUGAAGCUUGCCAUGUUUGAGGAAGUCCAAGAGCGUAGACAAGGGCUCUCUGGUGCAAAAAUUCAAAAGCUAAAGGAUACAAAGGCUCUUCCUAAGGGAGUGGAAGAAAGAAGAGGAAAAAUAUCAGGAACUCAGAUUCUAAUGCCUUCUGAUGUGGGUCUGCGACAGGCAACUAAAAAAGAGGGAUCCGAGAGGCGAGUACUUUCGUUGGUAGGGUCUACAGUCCAUCUUAGCCAAGAGAGAGUAAAUUCUAAGGAAAAUUAUAUCAAGGAAGAUGCAGUUUUCAUGGAUUAUGCAAAUCCUCGCCGAAAACCACCCAUCCACAACAUAUCUCCCUAGAUGAAGAAACAAUAUUUCUCAAUAACAUUGCAUGUAAUAUGAUUUUAUC